AUGGAUGGAGAUGGGCCUCAUGGGCCAUGCAUGCUCGUUCAACAUCCAAGUGAAUUGGCAAGACACAGUGAUAAUACUACACGAGACUCAAUAUCUAGCCCAACUAGUGACGGAGGGCAGGAGGUUGGCUAUGAACAACUACUUGAACCAAGCUUGGCUGAACAAUAUACUUCAACCCCUAGCCCCGUCAGUGAACCCACAGUUGAUCCGUGCAACGAGGAACCAAUGAAACCUCCCUCCCCAUUUCAAUCCAAUAUACCCACAGAAUGCCUAAUGGAUAUGCCUUUCUUCAUGCCGGAGAACAUCUCCGAACUAAAACCCAUACUCUUACCAUGGGAGCAGCCACAGCAACCCCAAGAACCUCCAACUCCACCACCACCCCCAUCCCAACCACAACAUCCAGAAAAUAUUCAAUAA